AUGAGUUCGCCCUGGAAGACGCCAGAGCGACCUCAAGCUCAGAGCUUUCGGGAAUUGAUGCAGGAGCAAAAGGAGGACGAAGUGAAUAAUGCUGAGGAUAGAGAUAUUGCCAUGGCGAUUAAACUUUCGAUGGAGGACAGUUUAUCAGUAGAACAAAGCACACAGGAAGCAUUUGCGGAUCAAGAAUCAGAAUCAACAGAUUGCACAUCAGACGAGUUACUAGCACGAAUGCUGCAGCAGAAAUUCGACGAAGAAUACGUUUCAAACCAAGCCUAUCCAGGUCGCACAAUAAAUCACCCACCACCAGUGGCGAUCCCGUCGGACGAAGAUGACUACGCUGACGAGCAAGAUGAGCAAGGAGUGUACGACAAAGCCUUUCAAAUUGGACGAAAAGGGUACGCCUGCGUAAAUGGACACACAAUUACAAAACACGAUCUGGAGAUGAGUGGACACAGGAACAUGCAAAAACUCACUGAUAAUAUGCCACUAAGCUCGACUUGUGGCGAUGCGCAUACGUCACAAGUUCCAUUGAGCAACAAGAUUUAUAACGAUUUGAGGAGAUCUGCGUUCAAAGAUCAAAAACGAACCCGUCGCCAAAGCGAAAAAUCCCAAAAAGCGACGGCCGAGCGAGCGAUGGACGAGAGCACCAGAGUCACACUUCAAAAAGCCAUCAACAACGGCAUGGUUGAAUCAUUUGGCGGCAUCGUUGCCACUGGAAAGGAAGCAGUUGUCAUUCAUGCGACAGGAGGUCAAACGACGGAGGAGCUUCAAGAGCCGAUUCCGGGAGAAUUGGCCGUCAAGGUUUUCAAAACGACGCUGAAUGAAUUUAAGAACAGACAGGAUUAUAUUGCCAACGAUUAUAGGUUCAAAGAUCGCUUCAAAAAGAUGAACCCUCGCAAGAUUAUUCGAAUGUGGUGCGAAAAAGAGCUGUUUAAUUUAAAACUGUUGCUGAAGCAUGGAAUUCCCUGCCCAGAACCGGUCACUAUCAAGAAGCAUAUUCUAUUUAUGAGAUUUAUUGGCGAUAAUGGUAUUCCUGCCCCGCGGCUAAAAGAUGCUCAGGGAUGCGGCCAAAAAUACUAG